AUGUCCGAGGUUUGCGCUCAAAAAAAAGACAGGAAUCAACAGUUGACGCAUGUUUCAAGGGGCGGCGGAGUUCUUUUCGCUGCGGAAAGUAAAUAUAUGUGUUCUCAAUUGGACCUCUCCCCCAUUACUAAUACUCUACCAUUUAUCGAUAUUGUUGGCGUGAAGAUCUCUUUUGAUACUAGUACUUGUUUAUUUGUUUUUGUUCUUUACAUAACCCCAUCUGUGUCCGUUAAUGAUUACCAAUUAUUUCUUGACAUACUUAGUAAUAUUGAGGAAACUCACAACGACAGAGUUAUAGUAUUGGGUGAUUUUAAUGCGCCAAAUUUUUGCCAAAAGUCCAACGAUAGUAUAAAUUUAGUUUUCGCUAAUGUUAAUUGUAAUGUGACCCGAUCGGAGCACGCUCUUGUCAUUGAAGAUGACUACCAUCCAAGUUUAGAUUUAAGCUUUGAGGUAAUAAAAAAGCCAUUUGUUAAUUUCAGCACGAACACCGAUUCAGAACAAUUUAACUUUAUGAAAGCUAAUUUUUUGUUAUUGUAUCAAGACCUUUUAUCUGCAGAUUGGUCUUUCUUGUAUGACAUUAAGGAUGUAAACGCUGCUUGUUCUUCUUUCUAUAACGCUUUGAACAAAGUUUUUACCAAGUCUGUUCCCAAAUAUAGAAUUAAUUCCAACAAUUGUCGCAAAUACCCUCCAUGGUUUGAUCGUGAGAUAAUUGACUCGCUAAAAUACUACAGAUCACUCUGUAAGACACUCAUCACAUCUGCAUACCAACAUUAUUUGAGUAAUAUUCAACAUUCGCUCUCAACCGAUCCGAAGAAGCUCUGGGAAUAUAUUCGUAAGAAAAAGGGUCACACAAGAAUUCCAGGGGUAAUGUACUACAACGAUAGUGAGCUGUCCAGUCCUUCCGCUAUUAUAAACGCGUUCAAUGAUUUCUUCAAUUCCGUAUAUAUUGCUUCCGAUUUUAGCCAGCAGUGCGCUGUAACAAAAUGUUUCUCUAGUACUCCCAUAUCUGUUACAUCUAUCUCAGAGGAUGAAAUUCUAGAAGCCUUAAAGCGAUCUAAGAAUUCACUUACAGCCGGCAUAGACGGAAUUCCAAGUUUUAUUUUAAAGGACUGCGCUUGUGUUUUGGUCAAACCGUUACAUGUCCUGUUCAAUCUAAUUAUAAGAAAUUCACAGUUUCCUGAAAUAUGGAAAAAAGCCAGUGUCACCCCUGUUUUUAAGAAGGGCGAUCCAACAUUAAUUCCUAAUUACAGAGCAAUAGUUUUACUUUGCAAUUUUUCUAAAAUAUUCGAGUCACAACUGAACAACACGGUUUUGUCGAUAAACGAUCUACUGUUACAAAUCUCGCCUGUUUUAGCCAAUUUGUAUCCGAAGUCAUUGAUAAACAAGGUCAAUCGUACGGCUUCACUCAGUCCUUAUUAUUACUGCUCGAAUCUUAUUUACUCAACAGAGUACAAUUUGUCAGAUACUGUAACUUUUACUCCUCAAGCUUUUCUCCAACCUCUGGGGUACCUCAAGGGUCAAACUUAG